GGACACGUUGAGGUGGUCAAGCUGCUCAUCGAGAAGGGUGCUAGCGUCACAGUCACAGAUGAGGACGGGUGGACGCCGUUGCACUCGGCAUCACAGAAUGGACACAUCGAGGUGGUCAAACUGCUCAUCGAGAAGGGAGCCGAUACUGCGGUUGCAGCCAAGGACAGGCGGACGCCAUUGCACUCGGCAUCACGAAAUGGACACAUCGAGGUGGUUAAGCUGCUCAUCGAGAAGGGAGCUGAC